GUGAAAAAUAAGCGACGCUCAGGAUGCCCUUGGGGCAUUUUUGAUAUUUCAUUUUGUUGACUGUUGGAUCACGCUUUUGGUCAUAAGAUUAUUUUAAUAUGAUGCUUGCUUUGUUGCUGAUUGUUUCCGAAUAAUUUCGUUGUGAACUGUCAGCGCAUUGUGUGCGCUUGCUGGGUCGUCGAUUCACAUUAUGUCCUCCUGUACAUUCCCAAUCGGGUGAUUAAUCUCCUUAUUAUGGGGGAAAUUUUUAUCCGUUUUGGGGAAGCCGCCACCAAAGAUUUUGGGGAGAUCAAAUAAAACCCCUCAAAAUUUCCCCAGAUCUGGGGAGAUCCCCGAACUUUGGGAAGAUCAUUGGACUUUGGAGAUAUCCCCAAAAUAAGGAGAUUGGGUUUCUCACGCAACUCUCUAUAUUAGACGUGCAUCGUCUAAGUUUUCAUUAUUCCCACACACUUCUUGAAUUUAACAACGUCUUAGUAAAUUAUCAGAAAUAGUCCGUUCGGUAGACAGUUUCAAGCAGAUCAACCCAAUCUCCCAAGUUUGGGGUAUUUCAGGGAAACCCACAAAGUCAAGUGACCUUCACCGAAGUUUGGGGAAUUUCUCUAGACCUGGGGAAGUUUUGGUGCCAUUUUUCCAAAGUUUACCAUAUCGGCUUCCCCCAAACGGGUCAAUUUUUUUUGUAGUUAUAAUGUAGAGUCGAGUGGUUUUAGGAUCAGGAUCCCGAAUUAUAAAGUUUUAGGGGUCUGAGUUAUGUGCGAGGAGUUUUUGGUUUGGGAGCUACGUUUUCAAAGAUGUACAGCUAAACAUUUCGGUCUUUUACCGCAAAAAGUGAUAUCAAACCUGAAGUUUUUAUAUUUAGGAUCAAGAAGCCCAUAAAUGGUUUUCAAACGUCCCAUCCUUCAUACUUCUAUCACCUUCCUAUAUUAUAGAGGUCUUACACGAAAGCUGCAUUUUGGUUGACUAGCCUGAAGCCUGCCUAUGAACUCUGAAAGUCCUUGGUAUGACAAUCUUGGUAUUACUUUCUCAUCAUUCCUCCGCUCCAAGACGUGUUUUACAAUAAUAUAAUAAUUAUUAUGUAGUAGUGAUUUGUAGUGUUAUACUCUUAGGAGUGAUCAAAGAAGUAAUGUCGAAUGAUUUUCUAAGCAAUUAAAAGUGUGAUAAAGUAACUAGGAUAGGUAAAUUAAAAAUAACUAUGCCAACCUUAAUCAUAUUUAAUGAGAGGAUUAACAAAAUGUCUUGACAAAACGUUGAUUCAACAAUAGGGUAAAGGAAUGAAUGUUAAAACUAUGCGAAAACACAAAAGCAGAAUGAAUGUAGACACAUCAUAAGAAGAGGGGUAAGUUAAAGUUCGGUUGAUUCUAGUUCAUUGUUCCAAAUCAUAUAUAUAUUGGUGAAAGCCUUGAAAACACACUAAUUGAAGGUUAGCAUGUCUCCGCUCCGUUCGUCUUUUUAUGGAGAUUAGUUAUAAUCUCAUGCUCUAAGUAUAGAAGUCGUCUAGAACUUUCUCUUGUCACCUAGGUUUCUGACAAGAGUUUUAACUUUCCACCAGAGUCAUGAUUUUGCUACACAGUUGUAACCCCUGUUACUUUGUUUGUGUAUAAUAAUUAACUGUGGACAAGAAGGCUUCACAUGUCUGAUUAUCAGCACCUGUGAAGGACUGUUUACAUGUAAUGAGAUUAUUAAAUGAGCAUCGCUGGCACAAAAUUGAGAAAGUAAUGAGUUAUAACGAUUUUUUUGUAGUAAGUCAUUUGCUCCUCGGGAAUCGCACUUAGGUUGGCUAACCUUUCAGCAGUAUGCAAUAAAGCCGUAAAUUGAUGGCGAAUUCGUACAAAUACAAAAAAAUAACUACUUAUGUAUUCUCAACUUUUCUCUUGCUGCUUAAACAGUGUGGACCAAAUAAAAUGAUGGGAUCAAAAUUUACUAAAUUAGAUUACACCAAAUCACCGAAAAAUUCAAAACAAUAUUUUGUCAAAAAGUGUAUCUUUAUGUCUUGUGUUAAAAAGUUCAUUGCUUUUCUUAUCUUAGCACUUCAGCUUCUUUUAUUGGUUUGAAGAUAUUUCCAUAGGAAGCAAUUAGUUUGUUGCCAGAUUUUUUAUGCUACGAACGUUCUACUGUAGCCUGUCAAGCAUGAACAACCAACUGAAAAUUAGCAAUUUACGAGUUCCAUAUAGAAAAUCCAAUGAUAUAUUCGAUAUUAUAAAUUUAAAGUACAAAGAUCCUUUACUUUUGUUUAAGUCGUGGUUUGAAGAAGCUAUCAAAUGUGAAAAUGUUUUUGAACCUAAUGCAAUGGCUCUUGCAACGUGUAGCAAACAGUGUAUUCCAAGUGUACGGUUUGUUCUUUUGAAAGAAUUGGAUGAAAAUGGAUUUCAUUUUUUCACUAAUUAUAAUAGCAGAAAAGCUCAAGAGCUUGAUAGUAAUCCACAUGCAAGUCUUGUUUUUUAUUGGGAACCUCUUAAACGUCAGGUACGUGUGGAAGGCGUUGUUUCACGUGCUUCAGAGGUAGAGAGUGAAGAAUAUUUUCAGUCCCGCCCGAAGGCUAGUCAAAUUUCUGCUACAGUUAGUUCACAAAGUGAACCAAUUCCUUGUCGUGAAUUUCUGGACAAAAAGUACGUAGAAUUAGAAAAUGAAUAUGCUGCGAGAGAAAAGCUUCCAAAGCCUUCAAAUUGGGGAGGAUAUAUUCUGUCUCCGAAAUCAAUUGAGUUUUGGCAAGGUCAAACAAACAGACUGCAUGAUCGUAUUAGAUUUCGUCGUUGUGAUCAAAUUCCAGAAAUAAAUGGAUCUGACCUAGUACAUGUUGGAGAAAAUGGUUGGGUAUACGAACGACUAGCUCCAUAGAAGUUUGCUGUUUUUAUGCAUGAAUUUUUUCUAUAUGAGAAGUUUAGUUUCCUGCCACUUCUUGUAACAGUCAUACAUAUAUUCAAUGAAAUAUUUGUUGUUUGAAAUUUUUCAAAUGACAAGUACAAUUGCUUUCUCUGAGGUUUAUGAACUACUAAUGUCUUGGAGGAUGUUAAUUUCCCAAAGACAAUUUGCUAAUAAAAAAUUAAAUGAAGGAUCUUGUACGAAUAUAAUUGUGAUAUGAACUUCGCCUGUAACUUUUCUAGGGUUACUGCCGGUCUCAAUCUUGGGUAAAGGAGGGUUGGGCAUGUGGUUGG